UUGUGGUGCCUACCAAAGCCCAUAUUUGAGAGUAUUUGUUUGGUUUCUCGUUGAAUUUAGAUGCAUGAUUUGGUCAUUGCCAGUUUUGGCCCCAUUCCCCGACAUUAUUCCCCUUUUCUGACUUUCCUUCAUGCAGUUGCAGUAGCACCAUUUCCUUUUCUGUGAAUUUGCUAAUGAAAAUUGAAGGAGAUACACAUGCAGACAAGUAAGAGUCCCUGUUCCCACAAUAAGACUUGGUUCAAAAGGGUCUAAAUUUACGUCCACCACUACCAUUUAAGCUCACGUGAAGUGAAACCCUUUUCGGCUUACCUUCACAACACACCAAAACCAAGCUUCCCCCUCAUCAUCUCUUAUAAGAACCUUCACCAGGAACUGAUAAACCCCACUUUCUUUUUAUAUGCUAUUGUUCUUUUAAUUUGCCCCCUCUCUUUUCUUCGUCUAGCUUUUUAACUUCAUUAUCAUUUCUCUGCAAAAUGACCCUUCUUUCUUCCGAUCUAUUUCCUUCAUGUCAUGUCUUUAAGUCAUGUCUACCCUUUCUUUUUGUAGCCUUGUUGUUUCAGUUUCAAACUGGUUUCUCUGCUUUGAUAAUGAGCUUGAAGAACCAUCCUGGCCACCCUCAACAUCGAAGGCCAAUGUUCCAAACGAACCAAAGCACUUGUGCAUUGUUUGUAGGCACUUGGGUUCGUGAUGAUAGUUACCCAUUGUACCAAUAUUCCAACUGUCCAAUCAUAGAUGCAGAAUUCAACUGCCAACUGUAUGGAAGACCUGAUUCUGAUUACCUCAAAUAUCGAUGGCAGCCUCUCAAUUGUGUGCUUCCAAGGUUCGAUGGACUUGUGUUUCUAUCGAAAAUGAGAGGGAAAAACGUGAUGUUUGUUGGUGAUUCUCUGGGAAGGAAUCAAUGGGAGUCUUUGAUUUGUAUGAUUUCAGCUUCAACACCCAAAAUGCAGACUCAGAUUAUCAGAGGAGACCCUCUCUCCACCUUCAGGUUCCUUGAAUAUGGUUUAUCCAUAUCAUUUUACAGGGCUCCAUAUUUGGUGGACAUAGACGUGGUACAAGGGACUAGAAUUCUCAAGUUAGAGGGAAUAGAUGAAAAUGGAAACGCCUGGAGAAUGGCAGACGUGCUGGUAUUUAACACAGGCCAUUGGUGGACUCAUAAAGGAUCUCUCCAAGGGUGGGAUUUAAUUGAGUCAGGGGGAAAAUAUUACAAGGACAUGGAUCGUUUGGUUGCAAUGGAGAAAGGGUUGAGAACAUGGUCAAAUUGGGUGGACACCUAUGUCGACAGAACUAGAACCAGAGUCUUUUUCCAGUCUAUUUCCCCCACGCAUUACGAUCCGAGUGAAUGGGGUACCGGAGCAACUGCGACCGUAACGAAAAACUGUUACGGAGAAACAGCACCGAUGACCGGAACUACGUAUCCUGGCACAUACCCUGACCAGAUGAGAGUGGUGGACGAAGUCAUUAGAGAAAUGCACGUCCCUACAUAUUUGUUGGACAUAACAAUGCUGUCUGAGCUUAGGAAAGAUGGGCACCCUUCAAUCUACAGUGGUGACUUAAGCCCUACUCAGAGGGCUAACCCGGACCGCACAGCUGAUUGUAGCCAUUGGUGCCUCCCUGGAUUGCCUGAUACUUGGAAUCAACUCUUUUAUACCGUCUUGUUCUAUUAAGUUGUAUGUGCUUUUACUUCAUUCUAUAAUUAGUUACUAAUUUUGAUAGGUUUGCAGAGGGUGCAAAACUGCACUUUACUGUACUAAUAUUGUGUCUUAAUAAACGAUAUAAUCAUAUAGUUCUUUCAAGUCAAAUAUGAUAUUAUCUUCAAGAUUUAGACUGAUUCAA